UUUUAAAGAAAUUAGAGAAGUUCCGAUCAUCAUCCAUCAGUCACCUGACAUUGAAUUUCAGGAGAAGAAUUUAAGAUGCUUUACAAAUUCUGUUUCUUUGCUGUUGUUGCCACAUCCUUAGCAUUGAAAUCACCCGUAUUAAUAUGGUCUCCAUCAAGGGGAUUAAGUGACCUGCCACAGAGCUACACAGGACAGACUGUCAACUCAGAUGACUUUCAACAGUCUUAUGUCAAACCUUUAACUAAAGGUAGCAACUUAGUUGUUUUUCUCCAAGACAGAUUGAGUCUUCAGGAUUUGAACCACCAUGCAGAUGUUUACAAUCCAUACAGUGAUGGAGGGUCUUUUAAAAACAUCAAGUCUUUUAUGGAAGACCAGUUUUCUGCACAGAUAUCAUCAGUUAUGUCUCCAUGGACUGGUCUAGAGAACAUAAUGAAAGACUUUGAGGGCAAAAUUCAUAAAGUUAUGGAAUCUGCUGACCUUGACAAACUUAAUCUCGGAGGACAAGCUAACAUUAUCAUUGUUAAAUUGACACCAGUGCAGGGAUCUAGUAAUGAAGGGAAAGUCUUUUCAGACAAUGAUGAGAAAAUGGCUGAAAUAACUAAACAACUGACAAAACGAGGCAUCAAAUACACAGCUGUUUAUACAGGAAAAACAGCAUCUAAGACUUCUAAUAUUCAAGCUUCUGGUGUCAGUAGAAGACUUCAAGCCAUAGAUGUUGCUAACCCCAAUGCCACAUUUAUGAAUAUUACUUGUCCUGGUAGGGACUCACCUUUCUUUUUCUAUCUGAGAGGUCUGGAAAUAAUGGCACAGAGUAAUGAGUCGAAUUACAAUAACAAUAACAUCACACUGGAAGAUGAUGGCACAACUUGUGAUAAUGAUACAGCUGUGUUAAAGUUGAAAGCCACAGGAGAUGAUAUGAAAUUCAAUUUGGAGUGGUCCAUGUUGAUUGACAACAUCUCAGAAUACUGGACUAUUAAAGAGAAUAUGGUAUUCCUAGAAUGGAAAAACGGAACUAAGACUGUUACUGCUAACGAGACCCUAGUCAUCAAACCAGGAGAUCUAACGUCACCAAAACACUUCUCUUACCAUUGUUCAAUGCACAAGAUUACCACUCUACGUGUCAAUGCAACUGCUAAUAUCACUUUGAUGUUUGAUGGUCUACAGUUCCAGCCGUUCAUGAUAAUGGAUAACCAGUUCUCUGAUGGUUGGGACUGUGUUGUAUUCUUCACCCCAGGGAUAUGGAUGGCCCUCAUCAGUGUCUCCAUCAUGAUACUGAUUGUUCUGUAUGGACUAGGGAUGAUAGCUUCAUUAAAAACCAUGGACAGAUAUGACGAUCCUAAAGGAAAGACAAUUACAGUCAAUGUUAAUGAAUAAUUAUAACAAAUUAGGAGAGAUCUUUGUUUCCAUUAAUCUAAAGUUCCUUAACAAAAAUUAUAGUAAAAGCAUAUUAAAAUAGGUUUCAGUAUUUAGGUUUCAUUAUUUACCAACUAUUGAAAAUCAAACAAGUCAAUAAAACUCAAUGCUUAACUGGUUGGAACAUCACAUAUUUCAGAUUAAAAAUUAUUCAAUUGAGAGUAUGGUAAUAUUUUUUGUUAAAUUUUACAUAUGUAAGGCAAUAUGUGAAUAGGUAAACUUUUUUAAUAUUUGGCUGUCAGGUGAUUCCUAUGUUGAUGGGGCAUCACAUGUGAAAAAGUAAAGAAAAAAAAUGAUAAUAACUGAUGUAUUGCCAAAAAAACUAUUUAGUUCCAAAUACUUUGGCACUAGUAAUUUACAAGAAGUUAAAUUAAAAUCAAGAUUAAUUUACAAAGUUUCAUACAUGAUAUACAUCGUCUUUGAAAGUUGUGUUUUUGUCCCAUUUGAUAACAUGACUUUAUUGAAUGAAGUGUAGCUUUGGUUCUACAAAGAUUUAUGGAAACUUAAUCUCUUGUUAUGAAUUGUUACCAUUAGUUCUUUUUAUGAAAAAAAUCUUUAUUUUUUUUCAUACUUUUAAUGUUUAAGUUCAUCAAACCAAACAUAUAAUACCAUGUUAACAAUACAUUCAUAUAUUCAGAUUAAGUUUUCUUUAAUAUUUAGAAUAUUACCUGUUAUAUACUUAAAAAUAAGGGCUUCUUCAUACUACUUUAAUCAAGAAAAAAUCGCAAAUAUUCCAAACUUGUGUCUUAUCUCAUUAUAAAAGAGAUAUCAACAAAAUUCAAACAAUGAGAAAAUAUGAACAAUUUUUUGUAUAGUUGUAUUCUGUUAAAUUAUUCAUCUUUCAUUUUCUUUAGCAAAUUCUCUAUCAAUAUCUUUUUGUAGCCAAGUAUUAAUAAAAUUGAAUUGGGAA